CCUAUAAAACACAGUCGUCUCCAGCAUCCUGCACUACUCACUCCAGUGCCUCCGCUGACAUCCUCUCCACUCACAUCUCACGUCUCUCCACUCCAGACAUGUCAAAGAGGUCUAGCAGGUCUUACUCUGUGGCCACCGGCCGCUCGCUGGCUCCCGUCAGCUUCUCCAGCUACGGUCAGACGCUGUUAGGCGGAGGUCUGCAGAGCGGCGCCGGCUUGGGCUUCAGAUCUGGAGCUGGUUUGGGCUUCGGGUCCGGUGCUGGAUUGGGUUUCGGGUCCGGCGCUGGAUUGGGUUUCGGGUCCGGCGGCGCAUUGGGCUUCGGGUCCGGCGCUGGAUUGGGUUUCGGGUCCGGCGCCGGAUCCGGAUCUGGGUCUGGUUUCGGUGCGGGUGGCGGUUCAGCUAGCUAUAGGAUGGUUGGGGGCACAUUCGCAGCCGGAGGUGGUGGAGGCUCUGCCGGGGCGGGUUUCAGAGCAGGUGGAGGUUCUUUAGCAGAUGCCAUGUCCAAUGUCAUCAAUGAGAAACAGCAGCUGCAGGUUCUGAACGACCGUCUCGCGGCCUACCUGGAGAAGGUGAAGCGUCUGGAGACCACGAACUUAGAGCUCAACGACAAGCUCAAAGCGUUCAGCGUCAACCAAGUCCGGAGCACCUUAAACCUGGAGCCCUACGAGAUCCAGAUCAAGCCGUUGCGGGAGAAGCUUCUGCAGCUCAUUCAGGAUCACGCGCGCAUCGCUUUAGCCGUAGACAACGCUAAACUGGCCACUGAUGAUUUCAGAAUGAAGUUCGAGACGGAGCUGGCCAUGCGUCAGUCAGUAGAGGGCGACAUCGCCGGUCUGAAGACCCUGAAGCAGGAAUACGACUCCACCAACGUCAUAUUACUGCAGGAGCUCGCAGGCCUGGAGAAGCAGUAUGACGCUGUCAGAGAAGCACACCAGGAGGACAUGAAGACCCUGCGCGGGCAGAUGGUGGGCACCGUGACGGUGGACGUGAAGGAGAUCGAGAGCACGGAUCUGUCGCGAGUUCUGGCCGAGAUCCGCUCCGAGUACGAGACGGCCAUCGAGAAGAACUGCCAGGAGGCCGAGAACUGGUACACCAAACAGGUGGAGAAGAAGCAGGCGGAAGUGGUGCAGUUCACAGAGACGACCGUCAGCGGCAGCUCCGAAAUCACAGACAACCGCAAACUGAGCCUGACUCUGAACAUGCAGCUGGACGCCGCACUGAUGGAGAAGGGGAAUCUGGAGCAGCGUCUGGUGGAGAUUCAGUCUCAGUAUCAGGCUCAGCUCUUCUCUCUGGCUCAGCUGGCCGGCGGUCUGGAGGGUGAGCUGGCGUCGGUGCGCGAAAGCGCUCUGCAGCAGAGCCGCGCCUACCAGCUGCUGCUCAGCACCAAGGUUCAGCUGGAGCGCGAGAUCAGCACGUAUAAAGCUCUGAUAGAGGGCGCCGGAGACUUCACUGUAUGCAUGGUUAAGACGCCGACGGUUAAUGUGGUUCCAUUGGCCACUGGAGGUGCAGACGUUGGAGUUGACGUCACCGUUGACGUCUCUUCUGAAGUGAAGUCCAGCAGUUCCAGCUUGAGCGAGGCGGCAGUGGGCGGAGCAACAUCGUAUGCCAUAUUGUCAUUGGAAGGUGUAACAGAUUCAUUGACGGCAGCUGAGCAGCCAUAACGUGCAGCGGAGGGACGAGCGGGUCUUCACGGUAGAGAUGAUGUCAUCAAAGCUCAGCCAAUCAAACGCUGUUGUCACUCGACAGUGUGUUAUUCUGCAUAACUGACCAGCAUCAAUAAACUCUAACGCUCAAA